GAUCGACCAUCCGAAACCGUUGUAUAAUAUAAUCGGCCUUUUACAGACCCCAAUAUCGGAGCCUUCCACACCGGAUUGUGCCCUGACCAGCAACCACCGCUGUCAGACAAGCGCCUCGAAAUGUUCGCGCGACAGCAACCGACGGUCACGGCCGCGUGGCUGUCAUCGCCGAUGGUCUCGUUGAAGUGUCCGGGAAUGACAAUAAAAGCAGCCAUGGCGGCGGGCUUGGGCAGCAGCCCCGUUCUAUUCCACAGUCUUCACCUUCUACCAUCCGCCAGCGUCCUGCCACAGGCCGUUCAUGUACCGCAACCACUGGCCCACUCUUCGCCAACAUCAUCAUCACCGGACUCGCCUGAGCCUUAUUCAGAAGAAGCCGACCCUCUGAGGAUGGGCAACCUCUUCUCCAAGGAGAAGAAACGCUCUAAGCGUCGACCUGACGACUCUCCCCCUGAGAGAUACUACGGUCGACAGCCUGGCGUUCAGUCGGCCUACAGGCCUGUCCCAGUCGAUCCACGCAACAACAGAGCGCCACCCCGAAGCGGCCAGACUUCUUACCAAGUGAACCGGAACCUCCCAGCGCCCAAUCAGCCAUACAAUUACCAACCUCUGAACGCGCGUCUACCGCCGAACCCACGUCAACAAGUAAUAAUACCCAACUCAUAUCGACAAAACUGCUACCCAUACGAACAACAAAGACCGCAGCAAGAGCGCACACCAAAGACUUGCCCAUAUUUCAGGCUCACGGAAAUCAUCUGCAAGGAAUGCAAGAAGCGCAACGAGUCGUGCCCUUUUGCCGGCGAUCUCGAAACAAGGCUGGUCGUACAGCGCGCCCGCAUCAACACGGUCGGGUACGUUGGACCCGCGGCCGACCUCAACCAGCGCAUCGACAACAAGGAGCUUAUUAUUAUCAGAUCCCUCCCGGAGUGGGAGCUGGAGAUCGAUUUCUGCGGGCCCGUCCAUCAGUUCCGCGCGGGAACCAUCAUGAACGUGCUAGAGGCACACCUGAAGCCCCCGAAUCUGUAUUAUUAUGAUCCAGAAGCAGAGGGGCGCAAGAGGAAGCAACAGUCGACCCAACGGCUGUUCUCGCUCCCUGACCUGCUGCGUGACCUUGGCAGAAAGGGCGCCGAGUUCAAGUGUGUUUCCGAAAACGAGGUCCUGCUUGCUAUCGCAGAACCUUAUCGUCGCUGAGCAAACUUAGGUGUGUUGACCUGGCUUGUUUGGGGG